CGUUUUUCUAGCUCAGUCUGUUCAGCACUUAAAAAAAAAAAGGGGAAAAAAAAGGAAAGAAUUCAAGUGAAAAAGUGGAGCUCGAUUUGUAAUGGUGGAUUGCUAGGGUUUUGAGGCGCUUCGUGUUCAGAUUUCCAGAUUAAGAUAUUUGGGGGUUUUAUAUUUUGGGUUUAAGGAGAUGGGAAAAUCGCCUGGGAGAUGGAUCAAGAGCUUGCUUCUUGGGAAGAAGUCAUCGAAGUCUAAUUUGUCAAAAGGAAAAGAGAAGUUGUAUGCUGCAGAGAAAGAAGAAGGAUUGGUCUCUUCUAAGGUAGCAGUAUCAGACUUCUCUGUGGAUCCUCUGUCAAUUUCAGCACCUAUUGCAGAAACCAUUUCCAGGAAUGGAGCCAACAUUGAGGACAUAUCUGCCAACUUGCCAAAAGAUGGAGUUAAUGCUGUAUCUAUUGAAAAGGAUGGAGACCAUGCUGCAAGCAGUAAUUUGUGCUCCCAAGAAGUUCCUGAGAAGUUUAGGCUUGAGGAAGCUGCUACAAAGGCACAAGCUGCUUUUAGAGGCUAUCUGGCUCGCCGAGCAUUUCGCACACUCAAGGGCAUUAUAAGGCUGCAAGCACUUAUUCGUGGUCACUUGGUCAGAAGACAAGCUAUUGCUACUUUAUGCAGUGCUUGGGGAAUUAUUAAGUUCCAGGCAGUAGUUCGUGGCCAAAAGGUCAGACGUGCAGAUAUUGCUAUUGAAGUGCAGAAAAUAUAUCCAAGAGCACUACUGGGUGCCAAAUCAUCCAAUGAGUUAAGUGCUUCUGCUAGAGUGAAGAAUCUAUCGCAUAAUGCUUUUGUUCAGAAGUUUCUAUCUUCAUCAUCUACUGUGAUGCCUCUACGGCUUCAGUAUGGGCCAGGAGAACCUAACUCAGCUCGGGAGUGGGUUGAACGCUGGAUGAAAUCGCGCUUUUGGGAACCUCCUCCUCAACCACUCAGGAUUCUUGUCUCAAAGUCUCAGGUAAAGGAUGAACGUAAAAAAAAUGAUCAAGGCAAGACCAAACAAACCAUUCGGAAACUGUCCAAUGGAAAAGUUGAAAUUGGCUCUAGGCGUGCUACUCUAGAGCAUGAAAAACCCAAGCGCCAUCCACGGAAAGUUUCAACAAAGCCAGCUGAUCAAGCUCAGGAGCAACCACAAAACAAGAUUGAGAAGGUUAAGCGCAAUUUGAGGAAAAUACCUGACUCUACAAAGGAAGUGUCUGGUAGGGCAGAAAUCAAUAAUGAGAUUCCAAAUCAAACUCUAGAGAAAAGUUUGGCUUCUAAUGUGGCAGAUGUUUGUGAGGGAGAUUCUGCUGAGAAGAGGAAUGUUGUCAGUGUUGCAUUAUCAAAACCAUCAAAUCUUGAGGAAAACCUAACACUGUUAAGCGGAAAUGAUUCUGUUGUAGAGUCAAGCACCUCCCUUGCUGUAGACACACAACCUACAGAAAGCAAUGCUAAAGUUGAGAACACACCUGAUACUAUCAAGGAGUUAAGCUCUAAGGAUGGUAAUAUCAGCAGUGAGAGCUUGACCACAAGCCAAAGAAGAGCUUCUUUACCUGAAAAGAUUGAUAAUCAAGAGAAUGGUGUACAUAGCACACAAAAAGUGCCAAGUUAUAUGGUAUCCACUGAAUCUGCGAAGGCUAAACUCAGAGGACAAAGCUCCCCUAGGUUUUCUCUUGAUGUAGUAGAGAAAAAUGGGGUGACCAGGCGGCAUUCUCUGCCUUCUUCUACCAAUAGCGCCUUGAGUUCACUAUCACCAAGUGCACAAAGAUUGGUUCAAGCAGCUGGAAAAGGAGCUGUGAGAAAUGAUAAAUCUCUUUCAUCAUCUAGAGAUGCUGGUGAUAAGUUUACCAAAGCUGAAUGGAGAAGGUGAUUUUGCAUGAAAACUUGUUCUUGUUCAAAUUCCAUGGAGGCAGAGAAAACUGCAUAUGAACAGCAGGGUUCCCCAUUAUGUAGCUGAUUUCUGUGGUUACCUGUAGCACCAGUAGAAUUUAUCAACUAAUCAAGUCUUUGGUUUGCACAGUGUGCUUUUCAAUUUCCUUGGCACUUUUCUUAUUAAUUUGUUGGUGGGGUAAAUAUUAAAAGAUGUUAUCAACUUGGUUCUUUUAGUCUUUGUUGUACAAAUAUUUUUCUACCUCCUUUUAGCGUUACAAAUCUGAGCUUCCAACGUGAAAAUCCCCAUCAGUAAGUUCAUAUCGUACCAUGUGAAGAUAGCAAGUUGCAUACUUUGGCCAUUCCCAGGAAGUUGAUUUUUCCUUA